AUGCUGGCACCAGGCAGUGGCCCAGAGCAGAGGAGCAAGCUUGCCCUGCAGUGGAGGCAGGUCGCCUGGAUCACCUGCUGGAUUGCCCUGUGUGCUGUGGAGGUGCUCCCUGCCUGCCCUUUCUCCUGCAUAUGUGACAGUCGAAGCUUGGAGGUGGACUGCAGUGGCCUGGGCCUCACCACUGUGCCCCCGGAUGUGCCCGCUGCCACCCAAAGCCUUCUGCUCUUGAACAAUAAACUGAGUGCCCUGCCCAGCUGGGCAUUCGCCAACCUGUCCAACCUGCAGCGGCUGGACCUGUCUAACAACUUCCUGGACCAGCUACCUCGGUCCAUUUUCCAGGACCUGGUCAAUCUGACAGAGCUCCAAUUGCGGAACAACAGCAUCAGGACCCUGGACAGAGACCUGCUCCAGCACGCCCCGCUGCUUCGCCAUCUGGAUUUGUCCAUCAACGGCCUGGCCCAGCUGCCCCCAGGGCUUUUUGACGGGCUCCUGGCUCUGCGAUCCUUGUCCCUUCGCUCUAAUCGUCUGCAGAGCCUGGACCGGCUGACCUUUGAACCCCUGGCAAGCCUGCAGCUGCUUCAGGUUGGGGACAACCCAUGGGAGUGUGACUGUAACCUUCGAGAGUUCAAACACUGGCUGGGGGGGGUUUCCUACAGAGGGGGUCGCCUAGACCAGCUUGCCUGCACCCUUCCCAAGGAGCUAAGAGGGAAGGACAUGCGUGCGGUACCCAUGGAGAUGUUUAACUACUGUUCCCAGCUAGAGGAUGAGAACAACUCUGCUGGGAUGGAUGCUCCAGGGCCACCCUGCACCAAAGCCAGCCCAGAGCCUGCUAAACCUAAGCCCGGGCCUGAGCCUGAGCCUGAGCCCAGCACUGCCUGCCCUCAAAAGCAGAGGUACCGGCCCGUGAGUGUUCGGCGAGCCAUCGGCACGGUGAUCAUUGCGGGUGUCGUAUGUGGCAUUGUCUGCAUCAUGAUGGUGGUGGCUGCUGCUUACGGCUGCAUCUAUGCCUCCCUCAUGGCCAAGUACCACCGGGAGCUCAAGAAGCGCCAGCCGCUGAUGGGGGACCCAGAGGGUGAGCAUGAGGAUCAGAAACAGAUCUCUUCUGUGGCAUGAGAGCUGUCUGUUAGGCCCAGGUAGGACAGCA